CUCGCACUCUCUCUAACUCUCUUUUUCUCUCUUUAUUAUGUUCUUAAUUUUUUCAAGUUGCAAUUAUAAAUAAUGUUAUUCUACGACGUGACGCGCUUCCUUCGUCCACGUGUCCUCCCAACCUCUCCGUCUUCGCUCUCAAGAACAGAAUAGAAGCGACGCGAAGCACUCCUCAAUGCCCACUGUGUCUGACAGGGAAAGACCACUACUGUUAGAGGGAGGGCGAGAGAGAGGCUAGAGAGAGAAAGCAAGGAGUCUUCCGUAACCCGGAUGAAUUUUUCUUCUGGGUUUUUGUGGGUGGGCGAUUCUGGUGCGUGAGUGACAUCAUUUCUGCGCGAUUCUUUUGAUUUCUACCCCCGGGACUUCGUUGAUUUUUGAUUGGGAAAAAAAAAAAUUUCCUGCUUUUCGGGUUUUCUGGGAGAUGUACAUAGCUUCCAUGCGAAAAUCUUUCAAGGACUCCUUGAAAGUGCUUGAAGCUGAUAUCCAGCAUGCGAAUACCCUGUGAUUAAUAUUCUUACAAGCUUAUAAACGCUCGAAAAUUCCCCCCAUUUUUUUCAGUUGAUGAUCGAUGAUGAUUGGCUGAGUAAGGGCAUCAGAUUUUCCGAGGGAGUAUGAUGGUGCGUGCCUUCAGAUGAGAAUGUCAUACAGUCCAGCUGCACACCUCUUUCUUUUUUUAGUGCAAUGGACAGACUGUAAUCUUGCAGGAGCUCUUGGGCUGCUAAGAAUCCUAAUUUACAAGGUUUACGUGGAUGGCACAACCACCAUGUCUACGCAUGAAAGAAAAGCAAGUAUCAGAGAAUUCUAUGCGGUCAUAUAUCCAUCUUUAUUGCAACUUCAGAAAGGUGUCACUGACACCGAGGAUAAAAAACAAAAGGCUGUUUGCAUGGAGCGGUAUCGAAGGAGAGAUGAUGAGGAGCAUAAGCAAUCUUCAGAUGUAGACAUUGAAAGAGAUGAAGAAUGUGGUAUAUGCAUGGAGAUGAAUAGUAAGAUUGUGUUGCCCAACUGCAACCAUGCCAUGUGCUCGAAAUGCUACCGUGAAUGGUUUGUUCAUUUUAUAAUGUUACGAUGGCUGUGCGGACAUACACGUAAAGAUAAAAUUCGAAAUGAGCACGUACGCGAAAAAGUGAGGGUAACACCUAUUGAGGAAAAAAUGGUAGAAAAUCGGUUGAGAUGGUUUGGGCAUGUACAAAGAAGACCAAGGGAGGCACCAGUGAGAAGAGUGGAGCAUAUAACUUUGAGUCCGACUAAGAGGGGUAGAGGAAGGCCUAAGAGAACACUUUUGAUAGUUGUUGAACGCGAUCUCUUAAUUAAUAAUAUUCCUAAAAGCUUGAUAAAUGAUAGAGCACAAUGGCGUCUUGCAAUCCAUGUAGCCGACCCCACCUAGUGGGAUAAAGGCUUGUUGUUGUUGUUGUUGUUGUAUAAUUCCUCUUAGGCUCUUACUUCUGCUUGACUGUGAAUUUUUUGAACAAUAAUAACUAGAUAAUGAGAUUGAGGAAGUACUGCAGAAAGUGAUCACGGCUGAUAAGGACAACAUAAGUAGUUGCAUUACUUUUGUUUAUUCUAAAUGUAUUCUGACUAAUUAGCACAUUAGUCCUGCAUAUUGUGAUUUCAGUUGUUAUGGCUAGCAUUAAUAAUUGUAAAAUGGGUGUUAUCUGUAUGUUUCAAUAUUAUCCUCUUGGCUGAUUGGCGCUUGAAUAGAGUAAAUUUUGAAUCUAAUAAUGCUAAUUAUGAAGCUGAGGUCUUGAAGGUGGGAUCAACAGGUGUUUUUUGAAGUAAAGCUUGGGCAUGAAAUCUGAGCAGUUAAGGGGCUUGAAUUCAGUCUUUGGGGGAGGAUGCAUUUUGCAUCUGCUAAAUCUUCUUGGGGGUUUGGGGGGGGGGGGGGUGAAGUUUUAGUUGUUUAUGGAUGGUUGAUUGAUCUGUAUUGUGACUUUUUCAUGGCCUGAUUGUGUUUUUUCCCUGGAGACCUUGGGUGACUUGCCCUGUCAUCAGGCAUUUAAACUUUUUUAAUGCUCAAGGAAAUCGAUUAGAUUCUCUGGAUCAGGGAUGUUUUCACAUCCCAUGUGUUUAGAUUAUUUGUUUUUAGAAAACUAGCCUAAUGGUGAUUAUAGCUUUGCCUAGUAUGAAAUUUAGUGUUUUGGAUGCAUUGAAGGUACAAUCAUUUUUGGGGUUUCUUAACUUUCUGAAAUGAAUAAGGUUUUAUCACUGCAUUGUUGAAAUAAAUAGCAAGAUUUUUUGCCCUAUUCAUGUUUGGAGCUAUUGUGGUGUCUUCAAUCCGAUAAUAUUUGAAUGGUUUCUUGACCAAAGAAACUAGAAGAGAAAACAGUGAAGUACAAGUUCCCUGAGCUUGGCUUAUGCAUAAAACUACUUCUUGGGCAACUUUUAGCCAUUUCUAUUGGAUUCUGUGAUCUUGUCAACUGUCAAGCAAGCAUGCCCCAUGCCGCAUACUUUGGGUUGUAGGGUGUUGCUUCAAUUGUAAGUAUAUGUGUGGACUAGAUGACUAUGCUAAUGCCACAGUUUUUUUGGAGUUUUCUAAGUUCAUCUUAUAAUAUUAAUUAAUAAUUUUGAAGGGAUGAUAAUGAACAGUGUAAUUGAGAUUACUUGUUGCCAAUUAGUCAAAGCAUGGCUUGUGCGCCGAGACAAAUGCAUGUGGUGUUGGCCCCAUUUUGACCCUUAACUGUUUCACAUGUGAGCCAUGCGUUUCUUGAUAAUUUUUUGUGCUUAAACUUGUGGAGUUUUCAGUGAGUCAACUGUUUAUUACGCAGGCUAUUGGUGAUUCAGCUGUUAUAUUGCAUGGGUUAUUAUACGCAUCUUAACAUAUUAUAAGAAACAGUUUUUUGUACAUGUAUCCUUGUUUGUGUUUGUGCGUAUCCCAAAUAUGACUUGUAAGAGUCAGCUGUUAUGUUGCAUGGGUUAUUAUAUGCAUCGUACAGUAUUACAGGAAACAGCAUUUUCUACUUGUUUCUAUGUAUCCCGAAUUUAAUGCACAGAUCUGAACAUUAUGUAUAUUAAUGUGCUAAAACUCAAUGAGAAAUUUAUCUCAAUCUGUCUGAGAUGAAUGACUAUGCUUCAGGGACUGCACUUAUGUAACUGAGUCUCAAUGCAUGUGAUUUUAACUUGGAAGUGGCUGAAAAAUGUGAGCAAUGUGGUAUGGU